AUGAAUACACCCCAUAAAUACCGACAAUGAAUGCAACUAAUUUCCUCAUCAGUAUGCUUUAUACUUGGAAUAUGCGACAGGCAUUUUUGAUUUCAUAGUUUGUUUUGUCCACCAUGGCAAAGCAGUACGACGUUUUGCUCAGGCUGUUGGUUUUAGGAGAUUCCGGGGUUGGGAAAACGUGUUUGUUGUGCAGCUUCACGGAUAACGAAUUUAAUUCGUCGCAUAUCUCUACUAUUGGAGUGGAUUUCAAAAUGAGAACAUUACAAGUAGAUGGCAUUAAAGUACGAGUGCAGAUAUGGGAUACUGCUGGCCAGGAACGAUACCAGACCAUCACCAAACAGUACUACAGACGGGCACAGGGAAUUAUCCUGGUGUAUGACAUCACAAGUUCCAGCUCCUUUCAGCACAUUUUGAAGUGGGCUCGUGAUGUGGAUGAGUUCGCCCCUGACAAGGUGCAGAGGGUCCUGGUGGGGAACAAGGCUGAUGAGGAGCAGAUGAGGAAAGUUCCUAAAGAACAAGGAAGCAAGCUAGCAAAAACCUAUGGAAUGGAAUUCUUUGAGACAAGUGCCUGCACCAACUCCAACAUAAAUGAGUCAUUCAUCCGGUUGACACAGCUGGUUCUGCAGGCUCACAAGAAAGAGAUGAAUGCGUUCCAGGGUUCCACUAAUUUAUACCUAGACAUGACUUCUCUGUGGGGAGAGCAGGACAAACAGGACAGUGACGCAAACUCCCCGAAGCCCUGCACAUGUUAGCAGAAGGGCAAAGCUCUCAACCUGGGGGUGUUUGGCUAGAAGAAUGUCCCUUUCCCUGGGACAUAAUGGACAUUGGAAUGAGUAACUUAUGAAAUGUGAGGGUAUGUUCUAUGCUUACUGAAUAUUGCCCUUGCUUAUGCUCAGAUGAAUGCGUUAUCACUUUUUGGCCUACUCACUGUUUUCAUCUUCAUUCAUAAUUUCAUAGUUACUUGUCUUUUUCAUGUUUAUUACCCUAUUCUGCAACACCUAAACUGAUGGCGCGCUGAGUUAAGUAGUCCACAUGUAAUAAGAACAUUUGCCAGCUGAGGGAAUGUUGUCUGCAAUACUCUGAAAGCUGCAACUCAGUUACUGGGUAUACUUAAGCCUUCUCCUGUAUAAUUUGUGUUGCCAAAAUGUUAUUUUUCAUAUCACAAAUUACUUUGCUGUCUACUACUUGAAAUAACAAAAACUACUUAAAAAGUAAUUUGCAAAAAAUAUGAAUUGUUGGACUAUAGUGAAAGACAAUCUGAGGCUCUUGAGUGGUAAUUUUAUGAGGACAGGGUGGGCAGAGGGCAAGGCUAAAUUAUUAACACACAGAAAUAGAAUAGAAUCCAAGCUAUCUGGAAGAGAUAAUUUACCUAUGGAAGACUAACCCUUUACUCAGACAAGCAUUAAUGCAAAAACUCAAUCUAAAACUGAAAAUGUUCAACUCAAUCUUUGAGUAUGUUGUGUGAAUUUCACUGCUAAUACUAAGUGUUUUUCCAGGUUGAAAACCUGUAGCAAAUGCCACAAUGGUGCAUACACAUAUACUAUUAUAAAGGGCAUUUAGGGUGUCACUGAUUGCUGACUGUUUUGGUGAAGUUUUUUAAUCGCUGUGCUAGCAAUAAGAAAAACUUUUGUGUAAAAAAUAACAAAUACUAAUUAAAAGUCCACAUUAAUUUAUUGGAGAUAUUGUGGUUUGUUUUUGAGAUUUACUAAAGGGGAGUUG